UUACACGAUCGUACGCACCGAAAUUUGUGAUAACGCGCGGGGCCUACGGAAAAACACUCUCCACUGACAAUUGUGACGUGAGCGUACUCUGCGUGCGUGUCCCGUGUAAUUUCGAAACGCAAAAUCAAAAUGUUUAUGUUUAUCUGAACUGCAGAGCAAACUGCACCGGUAAAACUGAACAUAAUUGAGUAGGACUAUAAUUAGUUAAUUUACAUUAUCGGUUUGUUAACAACAUUUUGCAACAAAAAUUAAUUUUACACCAUGUUCGAAAAAUCUACGCUGCGUCAAAGCACAGCUGUCACAGCUGCCAAACAGCGGUGGACGAAAAGAGGAAGAGGGAAAAGAAAACAAACCCAUCAAAGCAACUUGCAGCUUCUCGCGAAGAAAGAAGGAAAAUUCAUCACUGUGGUUCUAGAACAAGUUACGGGUGCGUGAGUGCAUUGGGAUUAGGGGAAAUUAGUAGAAAAAAGGAAACCCUCCUCUAAAUUUUACUACCCCGACGUGAAGAACCAGUCAAACGUUGCAAAAUUAAACGCAAGUCGUCGGGUUCGGUGAGUUUUCUCACGCGGACUAAAUCCAAGCUGCGGAAAGUCUUCUCAGGAAUGAGCGACGGUAAAGUUAAAAAAGACGCAACUAACAAAGAAAUCAUCAAUAUGAGUGACGCCGCCGGAUAUCUUGACCGUUUUGUCGGUGAUGUGAGCAAAAAAUCGGCCACCAAACAGAUACUGAUCGGUGCUGGCAGUGGAUGGGCAACCGGUUACAUCACGAUGAAAGUUGGCAAAAUGGCUGCUAUAGCGGUUGGUGGUGGUAUCAUAUUGCUGCAGUUGGCCAACCAUCAGGGUAUCAUUUCUAUCGACUGGAACAAGGUGCAGAAGAAGGUGGACAAAGUCUCGGACAAGGUGGAGGAAGCGGUUACCGGACAAGGACCAAGUUGGGCGGAUAAGGCGGAACGCUUCGUCGAUCGUAAACUAAACCAAGCGGAAGAUGUACUGAACAAACGCACGAAAAAGGCUAAAAAGUGGUACACCAAUCUGAUUGGAGAUGAGUCCGGCUGCAAGGUGAAUGAUCUACACAUUUUCCUGUGUGCCUUUGCGGCGGGCAUUGCAAUCGGCGUGGGUACCGCCUAAAUGCGUGCAC